GGCAGCUUCCUGUGCAAAGGUGAGAGGGAGAAGACACGGAGAGACGCUGAGCAUAGGAGAGGAACGGCUCCGCAGCAGAGCCGCCGGGCUGCAGGCACCUCUCUUCUGAGAGCACUGGCUGACACCUGGACAUACACUGAGCCAGGACCUCCCCCUCCAUCCGUCUCCCUUUCCUCCCUCCCCGUUCCCCUCCCUCUUUGAUGUGCAGCACCUGCUUCCAUCCAACCCCACCACCUGGUGCCCGGGGACUCCCUUCAUCUGGACUGCUUGGUGCCUGGAGCUGGAAGCGUGUCACCACCAGUACAGAUGAAGCCCUCUUUGCUGCUUCUGUGUCACCUUUGGCUGUUCAGCCUCACGCUAAUCUCACGGGCAGCAGACUCGGCACAAGGUGCCUCCAGCCUCACUUGUUGGUAUGACUCGCGGGCAGCCCUCUUAUGUGACUGGAUCCCAAGCAGGGACCUGCUUGAAGCACCAUGCCAGCUGGAGAUUUCAUCGAAGCAUCCUUUUUGUGACAGGUUGUUUUGCUCACCUGAAAAAUGCAAGGAGCACUGUGAAUUACCCAAGGCAGAACACAUGACCGGAUUGAGGAGAUGCAUCAAGACUUUCAGCAAAAACAGUAAUGAGCAAUGCUUCACCGUUUCAGACCGUCUGACCCUGUCUGUCCAUUGCCACACUGGCAAGAAUAGAUCUAUACCUGCUCGAAUAGAAGAUUUUAAUCCACUUAAAAAUAUAAAGCUGUGGCCUCCGGGAAACCUUCAGCUGAUUAACAAAACUGAAAACACCUACAACUUAACGUGGAGCCUGAAUAUUUCCUCUCACUAUUUGGAAGGGGAGCGGGAAUAUCAAGUGCGGUACCGGAACAUAAGACAGUCCUGGGAGGAGGCAAAGAACUUCACCAUUACACAGGACCAGAUGUGGGUGGUGUUUGAGUGCCUCUCCCCCAACUUGAAAUACGAGGCAGCUGUCCGUGCAAGGCCAAGGGAGUCAGAUACCUACAAAGGCGUGUGGAGUGACUGGAGCGAGACGAUACUGUGGAGGACACAUGCUGACCAAACAUCUCAUCCGGUCCUGCCAGCACUUCUAGUGAGCUCUUGCAUCUUUGUGAUCAUUGGGACUGCCUUCCUUAUUAAUUUAAGGACCCUGAAAUGGUUUAAGAAGAUCCUGAAGAUUCACAUCCCAGACCCCGAGAAGUUCUUUCCCCCACUGGUUUCAGUUCACGGAGGUGACAUUCAGAAAUGGCUCUCCUCCCCAUUCUCCACAUCCUCCUACUGUGUGAACAGCACAACCCCAGAGAUUUCCAUGCUCGAGGUGAUGCAGAAGAAUGACCAGGAAUCCCAGUUUCUACUUUCCAAGGGAACCCUGACUCCUGAUCCUCCUGUAGAAACCAGUGGGCACUCUGUAUCCAGCUGCUUCACUAACCAAGGCUACUUCUUUUUCCACCUUCCCAACUCCUUUGAGAUCGAGCCCUGUCAGGUCUACUUCACCUAUGAGCCUUUCACCCAUGAAGGCAGUGGCAGUGAGGAUGGCAAGUGUUACCAAGCUCCCCCCUCCCCAGACUUCUGCACACUGGCAGAAGACAUGCCCGUGUUGUCCCACAACUUCCUACACUGUAUCAAGGCAACCCACAGCUUCCAAAUCAACUCCUUUGCGGAAGAGACAGAAGGAGAAGCCCAUCAGGCCUUGGCUAUUUCUGGGGCUCUCCAAUCAAGUGAAGGCACCUCAUCAACACCAGUUCUGAAACAGGAUAAGAAGGUGAUGGACAAAGCAGCUUUACUACCUGCUGAGGCUCUGUGCCAGCUGAACACUGACUUUCCUGACCCAUUAGACCUGCAUGACAGUGAUACUAUUGAUGUAACGGAGGAGAGUGGGAAAGCAGACCCUCCAACUGACUCCUGUACACCAGCAGCACAUGCUACCUCUUCUUCCUCUCAUCCUCCACCUCUAAGGCAAAACCAGGAUGAGGAUUCAUGCAGAACAGCCUUCUCCAGCCAGGUCCCAAACACUGGUGCCUACCUUUCUCUGAGGGACCUCCAAAGCCAGUACAGUCAUUACUCUGUCUAGGAACUGCCUGGAGGAAGACCACAGGUAGGAAAGGUCUUCUCUGCAGGGAAGGCUAGAUUGACAGUUUUUCUAUUCAGGACAUGAAAGUGACUUCAGCAUCAAAUCCAUUGGGACUGCUUUUUAAUGAGGCUGGAGAACACAGUUAAUCUAAGGGGCUGCAAAACUAGAAAAGGAAUAGGAUGUGCAAGGUGUAAAUUCACGGAUGGCUACAUGAGUAACAUGAGUUCCCAAGGUUAGUGAAGCAGAGCACUGGAAAGUGAAGGAUGCUUUGCAUGGAGAACUGGGCUAGUGGACAGUAAAGCAACCCAUGGGGAAUGAUAAAGGGGCAUUAAAGCUGUCCAGUGGCUACACAGACAAUAGAGACGUAGCAGCUUGAUUCUUAGGUAUACAGGCCAACAAGGACUCGCCUUCAUAACUGAACCUGUUUCUCUGCUAUUGCAUAUAUCCAAUGGUAUAGAAAUUCCUUCGCACACCACUCAGGUGCCAUCACAAACUUCACCAACUUGCUGCUUCUUUCCCAGCUCCCACUAGGAGGCUGUGCCAGCUCUUCUGUGCUCUGUAUCUUGGUGUAAAAUAGAACUCAGCUUUGAAGCUGAGCAGGCAUAUGGCCCAUUUGCCUUGUCCUCAGCCUAAAAACUUCUAAUGAAAGGGAGAAACAGCAGAAGAAGUGGAUAUGAGAUUUUGUACAAGGGACAGUAGCACUACCAGUCAGUGCUGGGGCUGAUGACAGAGUGGUUGAAGACAUCUCCUCCUAACUGACCAAGGGUGUAAUUUUUUAUGUGAUGUCUUCACUUCAGGUUUCAAUCAGAGAUUACAUUCUGAGCUACUCGAUCCAGUUUUAGACUUGAGUCUCUAAGGUCAGCUCAGAGCAACAACUAUGUCAGCUGUCUAAGAAGUGCAGUGUAAAAAGAAAUCCCCAUUACUGGGUUAAAAAUACUGGGGAAAUCCCCUCCCCCCUCCUUCUUUCCCCCAGGUCUGAUGAUGGCAGUAAAAAGAGCACACACAAUUUCCCAUUCUUGCUGCAAUAUUUUUCAUGAAAUCGAAAGCCUCUCUGCCCUGCUGGCAAAAUACGGUUAUUUGACUACGAUAAGCUGAUUGCAGAAUAGUUCAUCCCACAUCCUGUGUAUUAGUGGAAAACAUCGCAACGGUGCUGCCCAUUCCUUCCAUUGCUCAAGGGAAACCAUUGCCUAAUUAGCAGCAAAGAUGUGGUGAAUGAGCCCAGAAAACUAACCCACGAAUCAGCACCUUUGCUGAAAAGAAAACCUCAAUCCACUCACAAAGAAAGAGGAUAGCAAAGACCACUUUUUUUUUUUUUUUUUUUUUUUAUCAUCUUUCCUCUGCAUUUGCUGAU